ACAGAGAACAAUAAUGGUGAUAAAACACAACUUCAAAAAAAAUAUCAACAAUGGCGAAAACUAAACUAUUCAAUUUCAAGGGUAUAAUUCUUCUCUUCCUCUGCAUCGCAUUUGUUCAUACACAUGGCGGCUACCAUUCACAGAGCGUUCCAUUACCGUCGACCAUGCAAGAGAAAAUCACCAACCUCCACUUCUUCAUGCACGACAUAGUAGGCGGCCAGAACCCAAGUUCAGUCCGCGUCGCCAAAGCAAAAGGAAGCUCGGAGCAGCUGGGUGAGUUCGGCAACCUGAUGGCGAUCAACGAUCCGUUGACGGUGGGUCCUGAGCUGAGCUCGGGAGUGAUUGGGAAUGCGCAGGGGCUGUACGUGUUUUCUGACAGAAGUGAAUCAAGCUUGGUGGCGUACUUUGAUUUUGGGUUCACGGCGGGGGAAUUCAACGGCAGCUCCAUUAGUAUGAUGUCGAGGAAUGUGGUGUUGAAUGCAGAGAGGGAGAUGGCGGUGGUUGGUGGCAGAGGUAAGUUUAGGAUGGCGAGAGGUUUUGCUGAGCUUAAGACUUGCUCGAUGAAUAGUACAGAAGCCAUUGUUGAGUAUAAUGUCAUGGUUUUUCAUUACUGAGUUUUGUAUUUGAAUAAAAGGAAAGAUGAGAGAAUAGUAGGCUACAUUUAUCUUAUUCCUGUUUCUAACAUCAUAAUCCAA